AGCUAGCUAACCGGCUAGAGCUUCUCUCAUCAUCCUCUUCCUCCUGAUUUGACCGGGGCCUUCACACGAGCGUAAGCCACAACCGCACAUUUCGUGUAUCUACAGAGUGAGCAGCUGGAGGGCUGGACAUUUGUAAGCAGCAGGAGGCCUCGCCGCGACCCCCGGCCGAUAUCACAUCGCGUCGUUGUUGUCGGCGCCGGCCUGCUGCCGGAUUAUCAUCGAUCCAAAUGGGGAAGCUGGUGGGCAAGGGCGUGCAGGAGUCGAAGCUGCUGUGGCACAUCGCGUUCCCGGCCAUCCUCACCGCCGUCUUCCAGUUCUCCGUCGGCUUCGUCACCGUCGGCUUCGCCGGACACAUCGGGGAGGUUGAGCUCGCCGCAGUCGCCGUCGUCGAGAACGUCAUCGAGGGCUUCGCCUACGGGAUACUGCUGGGCAUGGGCAGUGCGCUGGAGACGUUGUGCGGGCAGGCCGUCGGCGCGGGUCAGGUUGACAUGCUGGGCGUCUACAUCCAGCGGUCCUGGAUCAUCUGCGGCGCCAGCGCGCUAGCGCUGGUCCCAACAUACAUCUUCACGGAGCCGAUCCUCCGCUCGCUCCACCAGCCCGCUGCCAUCUCCGCCGUGGCGGGGCGGUACACACGGUGGGUUCUCCCGCAGCUAUUCGCCUACGCCGCCAACUUCCCGCUGCAGAAGUUCUUCCAGUCACAAAGCAAGGUGUGGGCCAUGACCUUCAUCUCCGGCGCGGCUCUCGCCCUCCACGUCGCGCUCAACUUCGUCUUCGUCACGCGCCUUGGCUACGGCCUCUUCGGCGCCGCCAUGAUCGGGAACGUCACCUGGUGGAUCAUCAUCGCCGCGCAGUUCGCUUACCUCGUCUCUGGCUGCUUCCCGGAGGCGUGGAAGGGGUUCUCCCUGCUCGCGUUCAAGAACCUCGCCGCCUUCGUCAGGCUCUCCCUCGCCUCCGCCGUCAUGCUAUGCUUGGAGCUGUGGUACUACACUGCAGUGCUCAUCCUUGUCGGCCUACUGAAGAAUGCCCAACUCCAGGUUGACGUCAUGUCAGUUUGCAUUAACUAUCAGCUCUGGACCCUGAUGGUAGCACUAGGUUUCAACGCAGCAGUGAGCGUUAGAGUGUCGAACGAGCUUGGCGCCAACAGGCCCAAGGCGGCCAAUUUCGCCGUGAUCAUGGCAGUCUCUACGUCCGCCGCCAUUGGGGUGGUGUUUAUGGCAGUGUUCCUUAUCUGGAGGAUGGAGCUUCCGCGGUUCUUUAGCGACAACGAGGAGGUGGUGAGUGAAGCUGCAAAGCUGGGCUACCUUCUUGCAGCAACCAUCUUUCUCAACAGCAUCCAGCCCGUGCUCUCAGGCGUGGCGAUAGGAGCAGGGUGGCAGUCUCUUGUGGCAUUCAUUAAUGUUGGGUGCUACUACUUGGUUGGACUUCCACUCGGAGCCCUCUUUGGCUUCAAGCUAAAACUUGGCGCAUUGGGGAUUUGGGUGGGCAUGUCAAUUGGCACGCUGCUGCAGACAGCUGUACUUCUCAUAAUUUGCAUCAGAACCAAGUGGGAGAAACAGGCUAUGUUGGCCGAGGAGAGGAUCAGGGAGUGGGGAGGAACCAGUGACACCCUGCCAGGUACGGCAACGAUGACAGUGACGAACAACGGCUUAGAUAGAUGAUCAGUUGAUUUGGGCAAGCAAAUUGGACAUUGUCAUUUAUAUGUACAAGGAAACACAGAGGAGUAGAAUAUAGAAUUAAUUAACAUGUACAUAGGUUGAGAUCGAUACACUAUGCCCUCAUUCUGUAGUUGAGAAAAUUAAGUUUUUCAUUUAUCUUUCCCGAA